AUGGGAUUCAAAUUCGCCUUUUUAGGCGACCUUCUAUCAAGCCUUGAAGCCAACCGAACGGCCAAGGCGGCUUCGACAACUAGGAAGGAUGAGCCGGAUUUUCAGACCAUUGCAAAAUGGUUUGGCCGACAUGACCGCCAUCUUAAUCACCCCGACACAGAUAGACUGGCCCUGCUAUCGUGCAUGUUUCCUGAGAGACGACCAGACCGAGUAUAUUGGCUCCAGGCCACUUCGCUCACCCGCGUUAUCGGCCGCUGCUUGGGCCUAGGCUCUUCACGAAUAUCAGAUCUAGAUCGGUGGCGAAAGCCCGGAGGGCCAGACUUGGGUCAAUGUGUCGAAAAUGUGAUGCGCCAAGCCGAAAACGUUGUCGAACAUGACCGCGAGGUCAUAGUUGAGGAGGUCGACGAAGCUCUCAACCUGAUCGCCUCGAGGUGCCGCUUCUCCGGUCCCCAAGUUCGACGUCAGCAUACUGCAGUGGAUAUCGAUAAAGUUCUGUCAUCUCUAUACCGUCGAUUGAGCAGCCGUGAUGCGAAGUGGCUCACUCGCAUGAUCCUGAAGAGCUACGGCCCCGUUACGCUCCCAGAGAAGUAUACACUAGAAAGAUUUCACUUUCUUCUGCCUCAGCUCCUCCAGUUCCAAAACACUUUCAAAGGGGCCCUUGAAAUGCUUAAUUCUGAGCCGAUGAAUCAUUUCCCACCCCGCCCAGAUCGAAAAUUGGCAGCUAGUCUCUGUGCCAUUGCACUAGACCAUAUUCGCCCACGGACUGGAAUCAGGGUUGGGCGACCUGAUUACUUCAAGGCACGAAGCAUCAAACAUUGUAUUCAGAUGACAAGCCGCCGUCGAAUGAGCAUUGAAAGGAAAUAUGAUGGUGAAUACUGCCAAAUCCAUAUUGAUUUCACAAACAAGCAAACACCAAUUCAAAUCUUCUCUAAGAGCGGCAAAGACUCCACGUCAGAUCGGUCAGGGAUCAUGUCAACUGUUGAGGAAUCGCUUCACAUAGGCAGGCCCCAAUGCAAAUUUACGCAACGUUGCAUUCUUGAAGGCGAAUUACUUGUGUGGAGUGAUAAACGCGCUGAUAUUGCAGAUUUCCAUAAGCUCCGCAAGUUCCUAACGCGGUCUGGGACUUUCAUCGGAGUUGACAGUGAUUCACCACCCCAGCCAUAUGAGCAUUUGAUGAUCGUCUUCUUUGACAUACUCCUCUUGGAUGACAAUGUCUGUUUGAGAAGACCCCAUCGGGAAAGACGGUUACUAUUGAAAAACACGGUGCAUUCAAUCCAUGGUCGAUCUGCGAUUGCUGAGCAAGAGAUAUUGGACUUUGACAAGCCAGAAAGUUACCGUUGGCUAGAGACCAGCUUUUCAAAUGCAAUAAAUCGACGAUGGGAAGGUCUUGUUUUGAAGGCCUGUGAUGAGCCCUAUUUUUCUAUGUGUCCUAUUGGAGUUGAUAAUUCCUCCGGUCGAUGGAUCAAACUGAAGAAAGAUUACAUCCCAGGCCUUGGAGAUACGGUUGACCUUGUUUUGAUUGGUGGAAACUACAAUGCCGCAGAUGCUGCGUUGCUUCCAAUCCCCAAAAGGUUGAAUUGGACAAAUUUCUUGGUUGCUUGUCUGUUAAACAAGGAAGAUGUUCUCCAGUCCCGAGAUAUUCCUCGAUUUCGAGUGAUAGAUGUGGUUGGCCGUCAUUGCAUGCACCACAGUCUAAUGGAAUCUCUCAAUCAGUUCGGAGACUUCAUCGCUCGGGAUCCCAAGAAUUUCCAUGAAUUCGAAAUUGAAUACGGACAUGGCAGUCUUCCCAGAGCGACCAAAAUCUUCAAGAAACCAUUCGUGGUCGAGCUGAUGGGCAGUGGUUUUGAAAAGCCUUCUGGUGCCAGGUACUACACACUUCGUUUCCCACGUAUUAUAAAGAUACAUACGGAUAGAAGCUUCGAAGAUGCAGCAUCCUUCCGGGAACUGCAGGUUUUAGCUGAAGAAACUAGAUCUGUACCGACUGCAGACUCAUCUGAGGAGAGAGAACAUUGGUGCAAACGUCUCAAGGUUGGCAGUGGGCUCACCGAUUACGUUGUGCAAAGAUCAAAGAGCCCAUCUUCCCGAAGUUCGAGUACGGAGCCGGAUUCCCACUCAGAACCUCAAACCCCAGCCCAAACAGGGAGUGAUGAGGUGCACUGUCUUGAUUCGUUGCCUAGUUCUCCCGUGCAUCAAUCCUCCCAGAGUACGAGCAAGCAAAUGUCCAGCACUGUUGAAAGUCAUCCUGCUUUGUAUAUCGACGAGAUGGUGAUACCAAUUGACCUCGAGCAUCCUAUCCCCGAAGCCAAUGUCUUGACUGAAAAUAACAAUUUGUCCCAACGACAAAAGUACAGUCAACAGGAAAAUGGUCUGCAUACGGAGAACCCGACUAAAGUAGUAACGAAUGAAGCUGAGGAAACGAAAAAGGCAAUGGGCCCAUGCCCAGCAGCAACUAGCCUGAUCUCCAUACAUCAUGAAGUUGCAGCCCAACACAAAACAAUGGAGCGAAAGUCUCUCAAGUCACCGUUAACCACAAUCCCAAUAUACAUGUCAAGGGCAACCUCAGAAGCAGACACCUUAGAAAGUCUAGAAGACUCCGCUCUCCGUGAAUUCUUGACAUUUAUAGGGUCUGCUAAGACAAUGUCUUUAUUAUCCGAGUCUAACCCCUCCGCCUCCUCCAUGGGCAUGGGGUACGGCAUUGUUCUUGUCAACACAGCCGAGGUCUCACUGGGUAAAGAGAUCCACAGAACAGCCAAGGCCAUCCAAAACGCAUCAUCCUUUCCUCCCAAAGGGACAAUCUUCUUUUUGGGCUCUCUGUUUCUACAGCACGACAUUUGCUCGGAAGAUCUCAAGUUCUGUUUACGGACGACUUGGGCUGAACUUGCAAGGCACUUCUACUAUGCAUGUAUUCGUUGGGAUGUCUCUGAUCAAAGCCAGCUGAUACAUUCGAACCAACUUGCAUAUGAUGAUCAUCCGGAUUGUGCCCUGGGACAAGAUAAAGAACUUCGGAUUUCUUCAGUCAGCUUUGACCAAGAUGAGAUUUUGGCGCUGGGAGAGUAUAUAUCUAUCGACCCGCCAGUGCUUUUCGGUGGUUAG